UAAAGUUUUCUCACGUGACCAGGAAGUAAACAGAACGAGGCGCUAGCAGCUUUAGCAGAUUAGCAGCGUUAGCUUGGAGGACGGCGGUGUUUUGUUCGGACGUUUGUGGGCUUUGUAAAGAGAUGAAGCGGUACUUACAUGGAUUCCGAACAAUUAUCUUUCGCUAAAGUGUCGUAAAUGAGUGAAUACGUGUUGAACGUAAAGACAACGUGGCUGUGAUUGUGAGACUAACAGAUGAUCGGAGCUGCUGCUGUUCAGAGGACGGCGGUGUUUGUUGGAGCUGAAGAUCUUCUGCAGCUGCAGGAACCAUGUCUUCAUUUGCUCAGAAAGAGUCUGUCAGAGAACAACUUUCUGCUGCUGAAGAAACCUUCAGACUCUGUGAAGGAACCAUCGUCCAGAAUGAGAAUGAGGAGCUCUGUGGUCAGCGCAGACUGAUGGAUAUCACCUGGAACCCGCAGCUUCAGCUCUACGUUGUGGACCUCCCCGAGCAUUAUAUGAACAACCAGGAGAAAAACUCCCAUGACACGCAGGAGGAGAAACAGGAGGAACCAGAACCUUCACAGAUGAAAGAGGAGCAAGAAGAACCAGAACCUCCACUGAUAAAAGAGGAGCAUGAAGAACCAGAACCUCCACUGAUAAAAGAGGAGCAAGAAGAACUAGAACCUCCACUAAUAAAAGAGGAGCAAGAAGAACCAGAACCUCCAUUGAUAAAAGUGGAGCAAGAAGAACCAGAGCCUCCACUGAUAAAAGAGGAGCAAGAAGAACUAGAACCCAAACAGAUAAAAGAGGAGCAAGAAGGGCUCUGCAUCAGCCAGGAUGUGGAGCAGCUUGAACUGAAGCAGGAGACUUAUACCUGGAUGGAGUUUCCUAUUUAUGAUGAAAAUGAGAACAGUGAGGCAGAUCUAAAUAAUCAGCAGAGCUUUAAUAUAACUGAUAGCCAGGAUGAAGAAGGAAAUAAACACAAAGAAUCAACAUCAACCACAGAAGAAGAGACAGACCCACAGAACAGAGAUCCAAGGAUUCAUGCCCAAAGUGCGAACAGCUCUCACAUGUCAGAAAGUCAGUGUGACUUUGACUUAGAGGAAAAUACCUCCAGAAAAGUGAAGAAAUAUUCUUGUAAAGAGUGUGGAAGAAGUCUUGCAUCUAUUCAGGGUUUAAAGUAUCACAUGCAAAUCCACAGAGGCGAAAAGCCUUUUACCUGCAAAGAAUGCAGCAAAAGUUUCAGGUGUAGUAUUCAUCUUAAAUAUCACAUGCAAAUCCACACAGGAGAAAAGCCUUUUUCUUGCAAUGAGUGUGGAGGAAGUUUUACAACUGCUCAAAGUUUGAAGUAUCACAUACGAAUCCACACAGGAGAAAAGCCUUUUUCCUGUAAAGAGUGUGGAGGAAGAUUUACAACUGCUCAAAGUUGGAAGUAUCACAUGCAAAUGCACACAGGGGAAAAGCCCUUUUCUUGCAAAGAAUGUGGAGGAAGAUUUACAACUACUCAAAGUUUGAAGUACCACAUGGAAAUACACACAAGAGAAAGGCCUUUUUCUUGUAAAGAGUGUGGAGGAAGUUUUACAACUGCUCAGAGUUUGAAGUAUCACAUGCGAAUCCACACAGGAGAAAAGAAUUUUAUUUGUAAAGAGUGUAAUAGAGGAAGAUUUACAAAUGCUCAGAGUUUGAAAUAUCACAUGCAAAUCCACACAGGAGAAAAGCCUUUUUCUUGUAAAGAAUGCAGCAAAACUUUCAGGUGUAAAUCUCAUCUCAAAAGUCACAUGCAAAUCCACACAGGAGAAAGGCCGUUUUCCUGCGAAGAAUGCGGCAAACAUUUCAGGUCUAAAUGUAAUCUCAAACGUCACACGUUAACCCCAGGUUCACACUGCAUCCGCUCCAGCUCCAGUGUUCACACUGUCUAGUUAUGGCAGAUGACUCACAUUGGCUGCUUCCAGGCAUGGUCCUGCUGCAGCCACAGGCUCUGCUGCUGACUUUACAAAACUCCAAACUCACAUAGGUUCACGUGAUAACUAGGAAUGGGUAUUGUUUGGGUAUUGUGUCUUUUAUGAUUUAAUCGAUACUAUUCCUCUUAUCAAUGCUUCUUAUCGAUCUGAUUUUCUUAUUGUUAAUCUUAUCGAUACUCAAUAUUGAAAACCAGUAGGGAGAAGACAAAUAAAUUAUGUACACGAAAACCUAUUAUUUAAAAAUAAAAAUAAAACACUAUUUCAAUUUAAUGUCCUUUGGUAAUGUGUGUUUUUAUUAAUAAAACAGAUUUUAAGCUUACAACUUAAAUAACUAGGGCAAUUAAGGGCCAAAAUGCUGAGUAUAUCAAAUGGCUCCUUCACUUCAUAGAACAAUAGCAGUGUAAAUAAAAAUCCACAAUGUUGUAUUUUAAUUACAUUUACAUUUUAGAUAGAUUAUUUAUCAUUACUGAGGUACAACAUGAAUGUUCAGCCUAUUAGUAUUAAAUGAUUACUUUUUUUUUUACCGUGCUUCCUCAUUUGUAUGAAAAAUCUCUUAAUUUUCAUAAACAACACUUGAAUUACGUGUACGACGUGUGUAUCCCUAGCAUACAAAACAGGCGUCUCACUUGCACGGUGUUUGGACCGGUUACUGCUGUGCGGGAUUGAACCACGAGUUUAGUGAACUGAUGUCUAUGAUCUGUGUUCAUUUUGAUUGUAUAAUUAUUGUUGGAGAUUUUAACAUCCAUGUUGACAACCCUCAGAACAAAGGGACUAAGGACCUGAAUAACACUGGACAAUUUUGGAUUGAUUCAACAUGUAACAGAGCCCACACACAACAGAGGGCAAAUGCUUGAUUUAUUGAUUUCCAAAGGUCUGAACAUUUCUGAACACAAAAAAAAUACAAAAACAUUUACAAUAUAUCUGAAAAAAAUGUAAUUCACAAACAGCAGGUAAAAUAGCUUUUUUUGAGCAUAUUAGCUCAAAAUUAUGGUUUCAUAAUAAUACUGCACAAAGAAAAUAGUUAAAAUAGUAUUGCAACUAUGUUUGAUUGAAAUUAAAAGUACUGCAUUUUUACUGUGUCAUACUAACAGUAAUAGGAUUGGAUACAUCAGAACAAAAUACCAUCAAUAUUUCUAAGAACUUCACAACAGUUAAUAAAGAAAAACAUGAGUGUGAUUUUGGCUUUUAACUUUUGUUACAUUAUGAGACAGGACCUGAUUAACUUGUUAGUUCAUUCUGUCAUGAUGUUUUUAUUGCAUGUAAAACUAAAGGUUUUUACUUUUUCAUUAGUUUGCUAUUUGUAGUGAUUUAUCUUUUCUGCAACUGGACAGCAUCAUUCUUCAUUUUCACCUCCAGCAAAUGCUGUGGUGAUCAGCUUAACAUUAAUUUUUAAAUUUAAAAUCAAUUAAAAACGAACAUAAAAUACAAAAAAGAAGAAAAUUAAAACCUACCCAUCAUUGCCCCUGCAUACAAGCAGGAAUAAAUUACUACAAUUUUAGAAGAGACGUAAGGCUUGGAUCUGCUGUGAGGAAACAAUAGAUCAGGAAUCUCUUAAACCAGCAGCAGAUCAAUCACAGAUCAUAACCACAGCGCCCACCAGAACCAGACAGUAACAGGUCCACUAAAGCUGUGAGGCUGUAUGCUGGACCCAAACCCCGUCAACAAGAACGAGCCCCGCGAAAAUAAAGCGACCAAUCAGCAAGUCCCACUAAAAAAGAUGCCCAUAUGGAAACAUAAUUUCAUAAAUAUCAGUGACAACAAAAACAUGAUAAAAGGAAACAAAAUGUGUGCAAUCAUAAACUUUUGCUUCAUGCUCUUCAUGCACGCGCAGACGGUCCCUGAGAUUUGAUGAGAUUUAGGUAUGUCUGAUCACUGCUGUUUUUUCUGUGAGAGCACAAUUCCAGUACAUAUAAAUGCUUUGAGGGAGGAGAUCACAAAAUGGAAUAUAACUGAAAAUACUAAUGAGAUGUUCAAACGAAUUUUCUCCCUUUCACCUCCCCUCUCAGGGAAUUCGGUCAACGAGCUGAACAAUAUCUUUAAUCCCAAUAUGUGAAAUAUCAUAGAUAGUAUUGCUCCCAGUAAGGUGAAGGUGAUCUCUGGUAGGGAUAAGUUUCCUUACUUGUAAAGAAUGUAAAAAGAGUGUCAGAAAUCUGAACAUAGAUGGAGAAAGACUGAACUGCAGGUUGAUAAUGACAUCUAUAAAGACAAACUUCGCUUUUAUAAUUUACAACUGAGCAAUUCAAGGAAGUUCUGUUUUUCUGAAAAAUAAUACACCAGUCACUUUCUCUGUUCAUCAUCAUUUGCCCCUUUUCAUUGCAGGUUUUCUUUAUUUAAUCCAUUACAUAAUGUUUAAGUAUACAUUUUGUUUUUCAACUGUAAUCCACUUUGUUGUGUUUUGAAAAAGUGCUGCAGUCUAUAGCAAUGUGUUCGGUUACCUUCUUUGUUAUUCUCUUCAUUUUGGUACUGUCCCUUCUGAAUGUUUUCAUCUUUUCAAAUAGGUCUGUAGGAGCCUUAAAUGGCAGAGAUGACCAGUUUGCAUUUAGCUUUUUUAGUGUUUGUCGACCAUCAGUAGGGGGAGCCAGGGGGUUUCCUCUGUGUGCACAGGUGCAUUCCCUUAGGAGACUUGUGUCAGGCUUCUUGUUAAUUUGCAUUUUUUCUUUACAAGUCAGUUAUGUACUUUACUUUGGAUGUUUGUGUCUUUUUUUUACAAUCUAAAGAAGAAUUAAAGUUUUUUCUCCUUCA